AUGUCUGACAAAUCCACAAAUGCAUUGAGUGGUGGUAACAACCAUCACCGCCCAAUGUACCACUCAGCGGCAACAAAAACCGACAGACCCAACACAACUCUGGCCUCCCGACAGGCAACAGCCAACACAUUCCCUCCCUCCCGCACGCUGUUGGGGGCACCCCAGCUCACCACAUCUCAAGGCAAAGAGACCCCUCUGGGGCUCAAGCCCAUGAUGGGCAGCAAGAUACCCCUGUGUUCCCAGCACACCCUGUUGCAGUGUCUAGAAACCACUCCUGGCAGCCAAUUUUGGCCCACUCCGGCCAUCAUCCAAUCACCUACUCUGCCCCCCCCACAUUAUAUGAGUUACUCCACACCGAUGAGCUACAUUCCAACAACAUCCUACCAACACUCAGGCCCGGUAUACACUGGACAACCUCAUUACCCCUACUCAGCUGCUCCGCAAUCACACUUGGCCCCCAUGGGCCAACCUGGCCCCCAUACUAACACCAUCCGUCAAUGCCGAUAUACGCCCUGCCCCCUUCUCAACAUAUGUUCUUUGCUGGUCACUCCAAGCCAACCUAUUGGCCAAUCCAGACAAAUGUCCCUCAUCCACUAG